AGCAGUCCUGAUCAGUCUGCGUAUCCUAGCCAACAUCCUGGUCCUUCUCUCUCUGGCUGGCAGCAUUUAUAUAAUCUACUUUGUGGUGGACCGCUCCCAGAAACUAGAGCUGGAGAAGCCAGAGCUAACACUAUGGGAGAAGAAUGAGGUGAGUGUGGUGGUGUCCCUCAUCACCAUGAUCGCCCCGUCUGCCUUUGAGCUGGUGGCUCAGCUGGAGAUGUACCAUCCCAGGACCUCCCUCCGCUUCCAGCUGGCCAGAGUCCUGGUGUUGUAUCUGGGAAACCUGUACAGCCUCAUCAUUGCCCUUCUGGACAAGGUCAACAGUAUGAGUAUGGCGUCAGCUGCUGCAGCUGCGGCGGCCUCUGUGGUUUCGGGGAACUUGUCUGACUCCACGGCAUUCAUGGCGACCAUCUCCCAGCCGGGGGAGACGAGCCUCUCCACCCUCGUAUCCGACAUCUCCAUCUCUGAAAACCACAACAGCACCAUAGCGACCAUUGCCAUGGUGCUGGAUGUCAACACCAGCAUCAGCACCAGCAAGGUCACCAUGGCAACCAUGUACAACCACACUGUGAUGUUUGAGCAGAACAAGCAGAAGAAACCAGACGAGUGCUGGGAGACCUACGUUGGACAGGAGAUGUUGAAGCUGUCUAUCAUCGAUAUGAUCUUCACGGUGGCCAGUAUCCUGUUGAUAGACUUCAUCAGAGGGCUGGUGGUCAGGUACCUGAGUGACUGCUGCUGCUGGGACCUGGAGAGCAAGUUUCCUGAGUAUGGGGAAUUCAAGAUAGCUGAGAAUGUACUCCACCUGAUAUAUAACCAAGGAAUGAUCUGGAUGGGUUCAUUCUUCUCUCCCUGUCUGCCUGCCUUUAACGUGUUGAAGCUGAUAGGCUUGAUGUACCUGAGGAGUUGGGCUGUGCUCACCUGUAACGUCCCUCACCAACAGGUGUUCAGAGCAUCCAGAUCAAAUAAUUUCUACCUGGCUAUGCUGUUGUUCAUGCUUUUUCUGUGUAUGCUGCCCACCAUCUUCGCCAUAGUGAGAUACAGACCUUCCCAACACUGCGGGCCAUUUAGUGGUCAGGAGAAGAUUUAUGACAUCAUCUCAGAGACGAUAGCCAAUGACUUCCCGCUGUGGUUCAGUAAAGUGAUGAGUUACGUCACCAGCCCUGUCGUAGCGUUGCCCGCUCUGCUGCUGCUGUUCAUGUUGAUCUACUACCUUCAGGCCAUUGCCAGAUCCCUUAAAUUCACCAACAACCAGCUGAGGAUGCAGCUUCAGACUAAAUGUAUUUGUCAGGAGAGAACAGAAGACAAGAAGAAGGUAUUACAGCUGGCUUCAGCGAGGCUACAGGCCCCAGAGGUCCCCGGGGGGGACAGGAAGCCUGACCAGCAGGAUGGUGACAUCACCAGCCGCGAGUCGUCCAUUCGCACGCCGUCGCCACGACCCAACGGCAGUGUCACAAACUUCCAGUCGCCCGAUCGUCGUGGCAACGGCAUCCGCACCAUCACCCAGUCAGCAUCGAGAGUCGAGACCGCUAGGGCGACAUUUGCUGCUGGGGCGCCUAGAAGUCCAACAGUGUCCAUACUUCACAAGCAAAGGCCGGAGAUAAUCCCUAACAGACACCCUUCCUACCUGGGGGGCCCUAGCGGUACCUGCAGGUCCAAGUCCUACCAUCAUGUGGCGUACAACCCCCCGACACGCUACUCCUCAGAGAACAUCCACUCCGACCCACUCUACAGGAAGACCAUCAGGCCCAUGCACUCCGCAGAGGCAGCUGGGAUAGUGACCGCCCAGAGCUACGUGGGCCGUCGCCCCUACACCACGCGCUACGUCAUCGUCAACGAGCACGAAGCUAGGAAAAAGUUGCUUCGAUCAGCCACACGCGUCCCUCGCCACUUCCGAGCGGAGGACCCGGGGGGUGAAAUCGUAGAGCUGAUCCCGCGGAAUACCAAGCGGUAUACUCCAAGGGCUCCGCAUCUGCAUGGGCACCCACACAGGUCGAAUCCGCCGCAGUCACACCUGAGUGAUGAAGAGGAGGAGGAAGAGGCAGGGGGGAAGAGGGAGUCUAGGAGGGGGUCGUUCGGGCAGACUCACCGGCCGCGCUCACUCUCCGACCUCCAACAGCCAGCUCGCUUCUACAUCGGAGAGCGCCUGGAGACCAAGCUGUCUAUGGCAUCAAAAGACAGCCACACUGUUAGGGGGCGCUACGGCGGUGAAGCCCAAAAAGGGGACUGGGAGGACAUGGAGACGCGCUUGCACUCCCUCUCCCAGACCAGCAUCAGAGGAGCGGAGCUUCCACCACCAGUCAGGCACACACAGUCCCCAGCCAGACACCCCCACUCCCCCAGCAGACUUGUACACUCACCCCCCCAGGGCCCUGGAAGACGCCUGGAGCCCCAGGUCAAGCCCAAGACAUCCAGGUCCAAGCUGGAGCCUUCCCUGACUGAGUCGGACUCGGCCUCUCUGGCCUCCAGUAGCGACCAGCAGAACAGCAGCACAGACCAGUACAUCCAGGUCAUUCACAACAAGGAGAAGUAUCUCAAGUCUGAGGCAAGGCAAGGCAAACUGGCUAAGAAGAAGUCCAAAGCCAGUAUAGAUCUCAACGUGUCUGGGUCCAAAGACCUGGUCUGCUCCAACGUGUAGUUGGUGUAUUUGUAUUGUGAAUAUAUCUAGGU